CGUCACAGUGAAAUUUGACGUCGUUUCUUAGAGGCAGUAACGACGUAGUUUUUUUCAUAAAACUCUGUGUAGAAUACGAAUGCAUCCACAGAUUUUAUUUUAGUUCUUUCAAAUUCCACGAUUAAAUACAUAAAGCAUCGGUAAAAUUAUGGACUCGAUGGAUUGGGAAGACACUACUAGCGGUAUCGACCGUAUGAAUUGCAGAUUGCUAUUUAAUUCGGACCAGGUUUUAAACGAACUGCGCCUAUCUGGGCAACUCACGGACGGAUUAAUCAAAGCCGGCGGGCAGAGCUUCCGGGUACACCGACCAAUAAUGUCGGCGUGCAGUCCGUAUUUCCGCGCUCUCUUUACGAACGAGCUAUUCAAAACCGACCGCUCUCAAGUGUCCGUUCCCGGUAUUUCGGCGGAAUUGAUGAAGGUAAUAAUCGAGUACGCGUACACAGGGAGAGUGGAGGUCGAUGCCGAUAAUGUUGAAGAGUUACUUGCGGCCGCCGAUCAGUUCCACGUAAUGGGGAUUGUGAAAGCAUGCAGCGACUUCCUGACCUCCGAGUUGACGCCGGACAACUGCAUAGGAAUACACAAAUUUGCCAAGGCUUAUUUCUGCCAUAUAUUGGAGCGUAAUAGCUUUAAGGUGAUCAUGUACGACUUUUUGACGGUGAUGACAGAGAGUAGCGAAUUUCUGAACCUGAGCGCCGACGAGCUAGCUGAUAUUCUAUCGCGAGAUGAACUGAACGUGAAAAAUGAGGAGCUGGUGUUUGAUGCCGUUGUACGCUGGAUUGACUUUGACCCGGAGCGCCGAAAGGAGCACAUGGCCUUGCUGCUGCGCUCCAUGCGACUCGGACUUCUUACAACCCACUUUUUCGUGGAGAAAGUGAAGCCUCACCCCUAUGUGAAGGACUCGGACUCAUGCAAGGCUAUUGUUAUAGACAUUUUAAAGCUUCUGUAUGAUUUAGAUACGGAAUUCGAAAAGUUGAUGGAUGUCGAAACUAACUUCAAUCGGCCUCGGGUGCCGCACGAGGUGCUGUUUGCUGUCGGCGGGUGGAGUGGCGGAUCGCCGACCAACUUGGUGGAGACGUACGACACACGGACAGAUAAGUGGAUCUCCGUAGACUGUUCGAAUUCGCGACGCCGGGCGUAUCACGGCACCGCAUGCAUCGGACACCGCAUAUACCUUGUCGGGGGUUUCGACGGGAACGAAAGCUUGAACAGCGUAUGUUGCUUUGAUACACGAACCAGAACUUGGUCGGAUGUUUCAUCAAUGAAUACCAAGCGAUGCUACGUAAGUGUAGCUGUACUGGACGGGUUUAUUUACGCGUUAGGGGGGUCCGAAAGUGGCCAAAGAUUAAACACUGCCGAACGUUACUCCCCGCGCCUCAAUCAGUGGUCUCUGAUACAGCCGAUGAACCAUCAACGUAGCGACGCCAGUGCCGCCGCGCUAAACAACCGGAUCUACAUAUGUGGCGGCUUCAAUGGGACUGAGUGCCUGAACAACUGUGAGUAUUACGACCCUCGCAACAACCAGUGGACCAUGAUCGCUCCCAUGCGGAACCGCAGAAGCGGCGUCGCAGUUGCCGCUUACAGGGGAUACUUGUACGCGUUGGGAGGCUUCAACGGAAUCUCACGGAUGAACACGUGCGAACGCUACAAACCAGCCACUAACUCGUGGACGCCUGUCGCCGACAUGUUAAGUCCGAGGAGCAAUUUUGCCACGGCUGUUCUUGACGACAUGAUAUUCGCUAUCGGCGGAUAUAACGGUAUAACGACGAUCACAAACGUCGAGGGUUAUGACGGGUGUGUAGACGAAUGGUACGACGCUGCUGAAAUGAGCGUCAUAAGGAGCGCGCUUGGCGCUUGCGUGGUGACCGGCCUUUCAAACAUCUGGGACUACAUCAGCAAGAAGCGCGAGCUGGAGAGGGGAACCAAACCACGUGGUCAGAUCUCUAAAAACUAACAAGAACAAAGCAGCUAUAUAAUAUUAACGCAUAUUGGCAAGAAAAAACAUCUACAAACCUGUAUUUUUACUAUAAAUUGUGUAUCUGCUUAAUGUAUUUUUUUUACAAGUUUGACCAGAUUGAAUAAUUAAAUAUUGUUCUUUA